UUGUGGUUAUUUCUUCCUGCUAACGCCCUUGCAGUAUGUCUAGCUGAGACGUCAAUAGAUGGUGAGUCGAACCGUGUUGUACGGUUUGCUAACUUCCUGUUGAAAGUUCUUACAAUGCCAAAUAUGGAUGAAGCUGGAAUGGAGCUGGCUGCCAGAGCUCUCGCUUUCUUGAUACAGACCUCGAAGUCGUAUGCAGCAGAAUUAGUCGAGAAGUGCCUGGAUCAGUGCCUGGAAUGGCUGGAGGCAAGUGUGUUGAGCGUUGAUUUUCAGGAGCCAGUCCGAAAUGAACAGCGGCGUUUGGCCUCGGUAUUGCUCGCCAGAGAGCUUGCUAUGUUUACAUCGACGUCAUUCUUCCUUCGUGCCAAUGUUUUCUUUAAAAGUAUCUUCACAGUACUCAGGGAUCCAAAGGUAUUGGUUGGAAAUUGUACUGCAUUGAAGUUAUACGUGCAAACUCGUUAUAGGCAUCGUACUUUUGUUCUUCGAAUUCUAACAUUAAAUUGGAAUGUUUCAGGUUCUGUUCUACCGAGCAAGCUGGAUCCCCCGAAAAAGCCAGCCCUUCCUUCACAAACGUUACAGGUGUCAAAUGUUCCUCUUACGAUAUUAGCGUUGGAUACUCUAGGCGAAUUUGAUUUUCAACGGCAUUACUUGGAGAUGUUCAUGCAGUUCAUUUCUGACGGGUAUUUAUUGAGUGAAUCAGUAGCAGUGAGAUUGGCUGCCGUUAGAUGCUGUGCAGCAAUAUCGAAGCCGUUUGUGAAGGUGUAUGAAAAAGUACAUCGUGAACAUCGACAGUGGGUAUUAGCUCUUAUUCAUGGAGUUCUGAGGAGUUUGGUUAGCGCUGGAGUUGUUGAUCCCCAGUUGGAAGUGCGGUUAUGCGUAAUGCAGUGCUUCUGCGAAGCAGAUCGUGCUUUUUUGUCACAUCUAGCACAGCCGGAAAUGCUUCAACUGCAGUUCAUGAGUCUUCAUGACGAGAAAUUGGAGAUGCAAGAGGCUGCUGUUUGCCUCCUUGGCCGUUUAUCAGAACUGAAUCCCGCUUUAGUAUUGCCCAGGAUGAGGCGAGUGCUGCUUGAGACUCUAAGUCAGUUGACAAAUAGUGGACAAGCCAAGCUUGAACAGCACAGUGCUCGCCUUCUCACUCAGCUCACUCGACAAAGUCCGAAAUUUAUGCGGCCCUAUCUCGGUCCACUUCUUCAGGCGCUACUUCCGAAGCUAAGAAAUGAAAUGAAACACGUUGAUGUCACAGUUCACGUACUUCACGCCAUUUCCGAGUUGUGUGUGGUUGGCGGAGCCGAGAUUGUUAGGAACAUCGAUCCUUUGUUCCAAAAACUCACUCAGCUGAUUAAUGAUUCGAGCAGCUUGCAACGGAGAGAGGCGGCUCUACGCACAAUAGGACGGAUCGCACGUUCUACAGCUUACGUUGUCGAUCCAUAUAAGGAUUAUCCGAAUCUUCUAGAUGAUCUGCUCAGGCUCCUGAAGACCGAGAUGUCAUCGAGGAUGCGACGUCAGGCUAUCAAAACGCUCGGUAUACUUGGAGCAUUGGAUCCGUACACUCACAAGGUGUUCACGGGCGCGGUUCAGUCAGCCACAUCGAUCAGUACUGCUCUAUCGCUUCCGAUGGCGAGAGAUGCCGCUGAUCCUAGGCAAGAUAUUAUACAGUGGUAUAAUUACGAGAAAUGCACAUUGGAGGAGUUCUAUCCUGCAAUUACAAUUGCGAAUCUAAUGGUCAUGGUUCAAGAUGAAGCAUUCACGCAGUACUACAAGGAGAUUGCACAGGCCUUACUCACCAUAUUUAGGAGUCUUGGUGACUCGUUCCCGCAAUACGUUCAGCAGGUGGUACCUCGACUGAUCGAAGUGACCCGUGCAUGUCGUGGUCGACCAUCCCAUCGAGAGUUCUUUUUAAGACAACUUGCCAGUCUUGUUGCCAUCAUCAAAGUUCACGCCAAACCGUAUAUGAAGCAAAUUUUCAGCUUAGUUGCUGACGCAUGGAGUGAAGACCAUAGCGUUAAAGUGACAGUGGUAAGUGUACUCGAGCAAAUAGGGACCGCAAUGGGUCAGGAGUUUGCGCCGCACAUUGCUGAACUCAUACCAUAUUUGCUACGAGUUGUGCAAACCGAUAAGAGUGAGGAUCGUAAACUCACAUCACAGGUGCUUUCUUGUGUUCGGUCAUUAUCUGGCUGCCUAACCCCACAUCUGCAUUUGGUCUUGCCACCAGUGCUCAUGAUAUUGGACGAUUCAGCGGUGCCGACAACUGUGCGGCAGUCGGCUUUAGAUACCGUGUUGCACCUCACUCGUUGUGACGAUCUUUCCGACUACGCACCUCGACUCAUGCAAACCUGGCAACGAGGUAUUUCUGUUGUGGCGCUUCAGCCGCAGCUGCUUGAACUGUUAGUGGAAAUAGUCAAUCAGAUGUGGAAACAUUUCGAAGUGUUCCGCCGAAGUGUCGAUGCCAAUCUGAGGAAGUACAACCUAACCAGUGGGGAGGCAUACGAAAAAUACAUAAGUAUAGUUUUCCUUGUUUCUAAUCGUUUAUGUGUACUUCACAUUAUUUCACUUAUUAUUUCGAGAACGCUUCGCGAGUCUCAUGCUGUGGUACGAGCGUGGGCGGUCGAUUCAUUAGUUUCAAAGGAAGAGUGGGCGCAGUGGCUGGUCAAGCUGCCUGAACUUAGGGACCUUUUCAACGCAGCCUUCAUGUCAGUAUGGACCGAAUUAACCGAAGACCUUCAGGAUAAGCUCACCGGAUCCUUACUGACAGCGUUAGAGACCAGUAAUCAUCCGGAUGUCAUCCAAACGAUCCUCAAUCUAGCUGAAUUCAUGGAUCAUUCUGAAAGGGGUCCACUGCCAAUCGCAUACGAUCGGCUAGGAAAAAGCGCUGAAGAAACCAAAGCCUUUGCGAAAGCGCUACGCUACAAGGAACUGCAAAUCCAUAAACAUUUGAACAAAGGCGAAGGUGGACUAACAACGGAAGACUGUCAAGCGCUUAUCACGUACGCGAAUAAGCUGAAUGUUCAAGAAGAAGCAGCUGGUGUUGUGCGGUAUGCUGAGCAACAUGAAAUGGUUAUUCCGAUGCUAGGGCGAUGGUACGAAAAGUUGAACGAAUGGGAAAAGGCACUUGAAGCAUACAUGGUAUGUUUCCCACAAUACAUCUAUCAUUAUCGUUAUUUCAAGUCUGAUCCGGAACCGUUAUCUGAUGAGAUGAUCGGGCAUCAGAUGCGGUGUCUGGAGGCGUUAGGUCGUUGGAGUGAAUUGAACGAACGCGCACGAACAGUGCAGCGAAAGGAUCAGAAGAUUGCUGUGAUGGCCGCGCGUGGAGCAUGGGCAGUCGGCGAAUGGCAGGCAAUGGAGGACUAUGUUUCACAAGUGAAUGAGAAUACACAGGAUGGUGCAAUGCUGAGAGCUGUUCUGGCUGUAAAACAAGAGAACUACGAAGUGGCGACCAACUACAUCGACAAGGUUCGUGACAUGUACGACAGUGAAUUGACUGCGAUGGCAAGCGAGAGCUACGAACGUGCGUAUGGUGCAAUGGUUUGCAUCCAACAACUUGCUGAACUGGAAGAGGCUAUUGAGUUCAAGAUUCGACCAGAACGCCAAACGAGAAUUGCUCUUUUGUGGAGUCGUCGUCUUCAGGGAUGUCGCCAGCAUAUCGAACAGUGGCAGCGGUUGCUUAUGCUCAGAUCGUUAGUGCUAACACCGCAGGAAAUGCAUCCGUUGCGUGUUAAAUUCUCGUCAUUAUGUCGAAAGCAAGGGAAACACGUGAUGUGUCGCGAUGUGCUUCGUGAUCUGCUUGGACUCGAGCCAGGUGCUCCACUCCAUAAAGCCGUUGCGCCCAGUGAUAAGCCACAAUUGGUAUUGGCAUUGUGCAAACAAUUAUGGAUGGAUGAUUAUCGUAACGAAGCAGUCAGGACGUUGGAAGCCCUAGUUAACCACCUUGAUCGUCUUCCUCCAAACCACACACCAGAAGCUGCCCGGUUGUGUGCAAAGGCCUGCCUGAAACUUGGAGAGUGGACGGAGAUCUUGGCUGAGAGCGCUCCGAAUAGUAAUGGCAGCGUUGGACUUCCAAGUCCACAUCGUUCGCUGUUUGGCGGUUCGCCCAUCAGUGACGAGCAGACUGCGACCGAGCAGGUCAUUCGCCAUUACGCGAGAUCUACUGAAUAUGACAAGGAUUGGCAUAAGGCAUGGCACAAACUUGCAUCUGCAUACUUUACCGCUUUGUCGCGCGACAAGGAAAAGUCUCAAGCGGUAGCGGCAGCGGCUGUUCGAUCACCACACACUCGUCUGAUUCAUGCGACACCGCCACCGCCACUUAUACCACAACCUGCAAUGGGUCUGAUGCCACCAGUUGAAAACAUCAAUGAUUGGCUACAUCUCUUCUACGUACCACUCGAGGCAACUGACUCGCGUCCGUUCAUUAUAGGUUCUCGACUGGAAGAUACUUUGAGAUUACUGCAGCUUUGGUUUGAUUACGGCGAGUAUAAUGAGGUGUACAAACAGCUGAGUGAGAACAUCAAAGGGCUGCCCAUUGAGACAUGGCUUGAGGCUGUUCCUCAACUAAUGGCUCGGUUAGACUCACGCGACAAAAUGGCACUGCUCAUAAAACAAGUGAUUCUCGAGAUUUCCAAGAUGAAACCGCAGGCACUUGUGUAUGCGUUGACUGUAGCCGCGAAAUCUUCGAACAUCGACCGUCAGAAGAACGCUCAAGAAAUGUUGGCACAUAUGGCAGAAAUGCAUCCCAAACUUGUUGAGGAGGCGAGCAUGGUUUCUGAGGAGUUGGUAAGAUGCGCCAUAUUAUGGCAUGAACAAUGGCAUGAUGCUCUCGACGAGGCUAGUCGUCAAUAUUUCCAGGAGAAGAAUACGGCUGCGAUGAUGGAAACUCUGGAGCCGGUUCACAAGAUGAUAGAAAAGGGACCCACCACGUUGAAGGAGCAGUCAUUCAAUCAGACGUACUAUUGUGAGCUUUCGGAUGCGUACAAGUUCUGCCAGGCUUUUAAACGAACCGAAAAUGUGAAAGAACUCACCCAGGCGUGGGAAAUUUACUGUCAGGUCUUUAAGAAAAUAACGGCUCAACUGCGCCAACUCACGUCCCUGGAUUUGAACUAUAUCAGCCCAAUGUUGAUGAGAGCAAAGGACCUCGAGCUUGCUGUACCAGGAACAUAUGAUCCUUCUCAGCCAGUGGUUGGUAUUGCUUCUAUUGGCACCCAUCUUCAGGUCAUUAGUAGCAAGCAACGACCAAGAAAGAUGACCAUUCGAGGCAGUAAUGGUCGAGAAUAUGCGUUCUUGCUGAAAGGGCAUGAAGAUCCGCGCCAAGACGAAAGGGUGAUGCAGCUGUUUGGGCUCAUAAAUACGCUUCUAGUGAAUAACGCUGAAACUUGUAGAAGAAACCUAACAAUACAGCGGUACUCGAUUGUUGCUCUGAGUCAUAAUUCGGGUCUGAUUGGAUGGGUACCUGAUUGCGACACUUUGCAUUCCCUUGUUCGCGAUUACAGGGAUAAGAAGAAGGUAUAUAAAGUUGAACUUGUAUAUUUUAAACAUCUUUGGGCUGUGCAACUUUUUGAAAGAGCUCUUGCAUCAACCACGGGGGAUGAUUUACAGCAGAUUCUGUGGUUGAAAAGUCCCAGCUCUGAAGUGUGGUUUGAUCGUCGAACGAACUAUACAAGAUCCAUGGCGUGCAUGUCUAUGGUUGGAUAUAUUUUGGGUUUAGGCGACAGGCAUCCUUCAAAUCUUAUGUUGGACCGACUCACUGGAAAAAUUGUACACAUUGAUUUUGGCGACUGUUUUGAUGUUGCAAUGACUAGGGAGAAGUUCCCAGAGAAGAUACCAUUUAGGCUUACUCGCAUGCUAGUGAAGGCAAUGGAGGUAACAGGAAUUGAAGGAAACUAUCGAUUCACUUGCGAACGUGUGUUACGGUUGCUGAGAGCAAAUCGUGAGAGUUUGUUAGCUGUUCUGGAAGCGUUUGUAUAUGAUCCAGUUAUCAGCUGGCGAUUAUUAGAAGGAACAAAACGUGUGCCUGGUGAGAAGCAUGAUGUCACUAGAAGGAAGACACUUCAAGAGGCGCCUCGACUCGUUCGAGAACGUGUCAUCGAUAGAAUAAAGCACAAGCUGGCUGGUAGCGAAUUUGGUACAGGAGAAGUGGAUGUGCAAGAGCAAAUUGAUCGCCUUGUUGAACAGGCGACACUUCAUGAAAAUCUUUGCCAAUGCUACAUAGGAUGGUGUCCAUUCUGGUAG